UUUGCGCUGUUGGAAAAUCUAUAAAUUACUUCUAUUUUCGUCCGCCCCAUCCUCUGGUGCGUUUUUCUCUACGGGAAAAAAAUCCAGUGAGAGAAAGUGGUGCUGAAAAAGUUGUCCCCAGUGCAUCAUCCAGCUAGAAAAACUGCCAUAGCGUCCCAUACGGACACAGAGACUUCAGUAGGUCAUUCAGGUGCUGUGCAGCAGACCGUGGCGGGAGACGACCUGACUGCAAAAGAGAUGCUGGACUGCCAGGAAUUGCAGAUGGAUCCCUAGGAGGUGCUCCCAGGGUCAUCAUCCAGUGCCAGUGAGCCGGAGCCGCGGGCGUAGCCAGGAGAGGGAGGACUAGUGAGUGGAUUAGAAAAUUCCCCCGCACAGCAUGGCCUCGGUCGCCGCUUGGCUUCCCUUCGCCAGGGCGGCGGCCAUCGGGUGGGUACCCAUUGCCACUCACCCCCUGCCCCCGCCGCCCAUCCCCAAGGAUCGCCGCAAAUCCGAUGACGAGAAACUCAUCAUCAACGUCUCGGGACGGCGAUUCGAAACCUGGCGCAACACCCUCGAGAAAUAUCCGGACACACUCCUAGGCUCCAAUGAGAGAGAAUUCUUUUACGAUGAGGAAGUUCGUGAGUACUUCUUCGAUCGUGAUCCGGACAUCUUCCGGCACAUCCUAAACUACUAUCGCACGGGUAAGCUGCACUAUCCAAAGCACGAGUGUCUCACAAGCUACGAUGAGGAAUUGGCCUUCUUCGGGAUACUACCAGAUGUUAUAGGUGACUGCUGCUACGAGGACUACCGUGACAGGAAGCGUGAGAAUGCUGAACGGUUGAUGGAUGACAAGUUAUCGGAGAAUGGAGAUCACAAUCUGCAACAACUGACGAACAUUCGUCAGAAGAUGUGGCGAGCUUUUGAAAAUCCGCACACUUCGACGGCCGCGCUGGUGUUUUACUAUGUAACCGGGUUCUUUAUCGCUGUGUCCGUGAUGGCGAACGUUGUCGAGACGGUGCCAUGCGGCCGGCGUCCGGGGCACGCCGGUACGCUUCCUUGCGGCGAACGCUACAAAAUCGUCUUCUUCUGCCUCGACACGGCAUGCGUCAUGAUCUUCACAGCUGAGUACCUGCUACGUCUGUUCGCCGCACCCGAUCGCUGCAAAUUCGUUCGCAGCGUCAUGUCCAUCAUUGAUGUAGUGGCUAUCUUGCCCUAUUACAUCGGUCUCGGCAUCACGGACAACGACGAUGUAUCCGGUGCAUUUGUCACACUGCGCGUCUUCCGGGUGUUUCGCAUCUUCAAAUUCUCGCGCCACUCACAGGGUCUGCGCAUCUUGGGCUACACUCUGAAGUCCUGUGCCAGCGAGUUGGGUUUCCUGGUCUUUUCGCUAGCUAUGGCUAUCAUCAUCUUCGCAACGGUGAUGUUCUACGCGGAGAAAAAUGUCGAUGGCACAAACUUCACCUCCAUUCCGGCCGCUUUCUGGUACACUAUCGUCACGAUGACGACGCUCGGUUAUGGUGACAUGGUACCCGAGACGAUCGCCGGUAAGAUCGUUGGCGGCGUCUGCUCACUCAGCGGAGUGCUUGUCAUUGCUCUGCCUGUUCCUGUCAUCGUAUCCAACUUCAGUCGAAUCUACCAUCAGAAUCAGAGAGCAGAUAAACGAAAAGCCCAGAGGAAAGCCCGCUUGGCGCGCAUCAGGAUUGCCAAAGCGUCAUCCGGGGCUGCAUUUGUGAGCAAAAAGAAAGCUGCCGAAGCUCGUCUGGCUGCCCAAGAGAGUGGCAUCGAAUUGGAUGAAAACACUCGUGAAGAGGAUAUGUUUGAGAUGCAGCAUCACCAUCUUUUGCGAUGUCUCGAAAAGACCACGGAUCGGGAGUUCGUAGAGCUCGAAAAUCCUUACAAUGGAGCACCAAAAAGAGCUGGUUCACCUUCUCCCAUGGCCAGUCCUGCCCACUCUACCAACAGCACUGUUGGUCUCCUCCAAAGCUGCUGCGGCCGAUGCUGCUUCCAGCGUUAUCAGCAAUGUCAAAGAUUUAGAAGAAAUAUUUAAGGAAAAAAAAAUUGUGUUGAGAACCAAAACCAAAAAGCAAAAUCAAGUGAACGAAAAAAGACAAAAUGUUAUACCCUUUGCUUCGUAAUCCAUCCCUCUUUGCGCCAACCACGGGACACAAUGUAGCUGGUGACGCAGAAAAGACGGACCAGCUGCAAUCGUCGAAUACUAAAGUAGAGGAUGGGGCAGUUGUAGCGCCCUUUUAGAUUUCCCUGCCAAAAGUGGUGCCAAAAUGCAACCGGAAGGUUCGAGAUGACGUCACAAGGGCACAUGAGACAGAUGGAGCCACCGUCUCGGGCGACAUUCGAAGGCGAUUCCCAAAAUCUAAAUUUACUGUAAAAUGCGAUUUGAACAUUCGAAAGUAUUUUUGAGUAAUUCUUCGAUUCAGUAAAAAAAUUUCUUCCAAAAAGCCAACACAUCAUUUUGGUUAGUCUGCAAUUAUCAGCACAUUGGUUUACACACUGCCAUAACAUAACAUCAUAAAUCCUCAAACUUAGAGACCAAACUGUCAAAAUUAAGUAUUUUAAUUUAGACAAUCUCGAUGGAUAUUUUUUAUAUAAAUCUCAUGUAAUUUUAGUAUCCUGUGCAGUAUUUUGUACCUCUAAAAAAAUAUGCCAAAACCAGUACGAGACCAAUGUAGGGGAAAGUGCCCAUGCUUUGUACGGUUCCAAGCUUUACAAUGACCAAAUUUUUCCUAUGUCUCUGAAUAAAUACGAUUUCGCAAAAUAUUUUAAAAACAAGAUAUUUUCCCCUAGUUUUUAAAAUAUAGAAGAGAUGAGUCACAUUUAUUGAAAAACAUACGAAAAAUUUAGUCAUUAUAAAGCUUGGGACCGUGUAAAGCAUGGGCACUUUCCCCUAGUGCUGAUGAUUUCGGAUACCAAGCCAUAUUGUCCUUAAUUCAUGAGUUCAAAGAACAUACGUAUUUUGUCAUCAUCGUUCAACCAAACUACUAUCUUCCUAUCGUUAGGAUUUAUGUGGUUUCUGUGUCUAGAUUAAAGAAAAAAAAAGUAAUGUAGAAAUUAAUAAAAAAAAAGUCUAAUUAUUUUCCAAAUAAAAAGUGAAACUAGGAUAGUAGGUUAAUCUUUUAAAAAAAGAAGUUCUUAUAAAAUCAAAAUUUACUUCUCGACCAACUCAGGUCAUGUUAUAACGUAUUUUUCGAAGAAAGAAAAAAAAGAAUAGUCAAAAUCCUCGUAUAAUAAUUUAUUUCUAAUAUAGUUUUGAAAUUUAAAAGUAUAAAAAUCUUAGAUAAAAUAAACAAUUGGCUAGAGAUUUAUCCCAUUCUUCGAAUAUAAAUGGAGACAAGUCACAAAACAAUGUACAAUAACAACUUUUAUGACAAUGAUGAACAUUAAAUCAUUGAUAUUAGAGAA